CGACUUUUCCUCUCUCGCCGUCUCAGCGAGCGCAGCGUAUUAUUGACUUUUUCCCUCUCUCUAUGUAGGUACACAGGGCAACCCGGAGAUCAGUAGGUUAUAUAACGAAGGAUAGGUUCGAUUCCUAACAGCGCUACUUGGUAGUCUUUGUUCUUUAGCUCAUCUCCCGGAUAGUACGGCACGGGGUAACAGGCAAGCGCUAAGUAUAGGUACCCAACCUCUUAGAGGCCGCUGUCCACCUGGCGCCAUCUGGGCCCGUCGUCAGCGCCAGCUGCCUCCGUCAACAACAACCUCCCCCUACCCAUUCUUAUUUCUUUCCCUGCUCACAUCGUGUCCGCAACGCCCUACGUGUAAACCCCCUCCCCCCCGUCGAGACGAUCUGUGUCGCCUCGCCAUAGCACACGCUGACUGACUCCGAACAGGCGCGCUGACUUGCCAGGUGUUAGAUGGGCUGUCCGCCGAGGCCCGCACGUUGUGAUUAUUUAUUUCCCCGAGGGCGCCGUCCGCAUCGAUCAACCCUGUCGGGAUAAGUGGUUGUUGUGUCCACACCCACCACAUACACGCUCAACCCGCCCAUACGCGCAACUCACAUAUACGCAUUACCUCUGCACUCGCUCGGUUGCUGCGCAGCAUAUAUGGCUGCCCGUCUCCGACGCCAUGGCGCCGUCAUAUAGCAACGGCUACGGCUAUCCGUCGUCUGCCUUCCCGGUCCCGUCCUCCUCGUACGAGUACGGCCACCGGAACCAAGCCGAACUCCACUCCAUCUGCGACGACAUAUCCUCUGGCGCCAGAACCAUGCUGGUCCAGCUCUGGGCCUACGCCAGCGGCCGGGGGAGACACGCAGCUUACGGCCUGGCCAUGAGGGCCGCUUACCAGUUCAGGAGGAACAUGGUCCGGCGCCGCCUCCUCAGCCUCCCCCACCUGCUCGUCGCCCUCUGGGUGCUCGUCCUGCUCUGGGGCGAGCGGUGGGUGUUUGCAAGUCGGGUCCGGAGCUGCGACUGGGACCAUUGGGAGGAUUGGCCCGAUGGAGCGACGCCGCACCGACUCAUUUUCGUCGCGGACCCCCAGAUCAUCGACCCGCAUUCCUACCCCGGUCGUCCCUGGCCCCUGAACCCCCUGACCAUCGUGAUAACCGACAAUUACAUGCGCCGGUCGUACAGGCAGCUACAGACGGUCCUGCGGCCGGAUACCGUUUUCUUCCUGGGCGAUCUGUUCGACGGCGGGAGGGAGUGGAAGACGGCCCACGGGGACUUCGAAGAUCCCGUCUGGGCGAAGGGACACCGGCCGGCUGACGAGCAGAGGUACCUGAACCAGUGGCGCAAGAAGUACGGCGAAAGCUUCUGGCUGAAGGAGUAUGCGCGGUUCGGGAGCAUAUUCUACGAUACUUGGAGCCUGGGAGGCAGGUUUCCUAGUCCCGGGCAACGGGGGCGGAAGCUCAUCUCCAGCCUACCCGGGAACCACGAUCUCGGCUUCGGGGCCGAGGUGAAAGUCCCCACGAGGCAUCGAUUCAGCGCCUACUUCGGGGAGACGAACAGGAUCGACGUCAUCGGGAACCACACCUUCGUGUCCGUCGAUACGGUGUCCUUGAGCGCCGGCACCUCAAGCAUGAAGGACCAGGUAGAUCUGCGGCCCAUCUUCGCCCCGGCCCACGAGUUCUUGAGAGAGGCCAAGGCGGCGAAGCGAAGGGCUGUCCAGAAGGAGCUGCGGUUCUGGCGGGGGGAGGUCGAGGAAUUAGUCUUUGAGCAGAAGGUCGAGGACCUCGACACCGUCGUCUACGAUGAAUUACCGACGAUCGAUCCGGGGGAGGGUGUGCCCGACUUCCCAACCGUCCUGCUGACACACGUGCCGUUAUACCGACCCCCCGGCACGCCUUGCGGUCCGCUCCGAGAACACUGGCCGCCGACUCCGCCGCCCAAGGGCCAGCCUGGACCGGUAAUCCCAGAUCAUCGGAACGCGAUCAGCAUCUCGCACGGCUAUCAGUACAAGAACGUGCUCAGCCUGGAGGACUCUAUCAUGCUGAUAGAGAGCAUUGGGAACGUGAGACACACCUUCUCGGGAGAUGACCACGACUACUGCGAGGUGGUGCAUACGGACAAGGAGAAUACCCGCGAGAUCACGGUCAAGAGCUUCAGCAUGGCGAUGGGAGUCCCGACACCCGGUUUCCAGAUGGUUUCGCUGUACAACCCCGUUGACGGCCAGGGAAUCCCGCUGCCGGGUUCCCCAGGAACGACGCUCCAGACCCACCUCUGCCUGCUGCCGAACCAGCUCUCGAUGUUCAUGACGUACGCCGCACUGGGGGCCUUGACCGUGCUCGUGCUGAUAGUGCGCGCGUUUCUCGUCCCCGUCCUGAACCUGCAGACCUUCGCCCUCGGUCCCGGUCAGCGCCCGUCCUCGGCGGCGGCGGCACUACUCCCGAUCUUCAAGGCGAAGGACGAGCGCAGCGGCGACGGCGACGGGUCCGCCUACGACACGCGCCCUGUCACCUCCAGCACGUCGUCGUCCAAGUUCCCCUCGGCCCGCGCGCCGUCCACGCGGACGCGUGGCCAGUCCAUCUCCUCGUCCAACGGGACGGCGCCGCCACAGCGCGGGGGCGCGUCGCUGCCCUCGUCCGCCUCGGCCUCCUCCGCCAAGGGCAAGUGGGGCUGGGCCCAGAGCCGAGGCCCGCGCAUAGAGAUCCGGAAGGACGCGUACUACGACGAUGGGGGGCGGGGAGCGCGCCUGGGGCGGGGAGGCGCCUGGCGACCGGCAUCGUCGUCGUCGCCGUCGUCGCUGCGCUCGAGAGGCGCCAUGGGUGUCGUCGUGAGAGAGAUCUUGACGACGACCUGGCGAGUCGUCUGGAUGGCGCUGCUCUUCUUCACGUACCUCGCCUAUAGAGGGUAAGGAAAGGAAUCCUAGCCGUAGAUUGUGGCGGGUGGCGCUGGCCGUCGUCAGGUUGGUGUCGCUGUUCGCUAUCCGUUGUUUAUCGAGAGAGACCACCCGCGCUUGUAAUGUGAGGGCCGAAGGAGGGAUACGGAAAAGCAGUGGCUGCGCUGGCAGGGAUUGCUACGGACGAUUAAUACCCCGUCAUCGCAUACACACAUAUGCAUGGACGAACCCGCCCCAAG